AUGGGGAUCCUGACUUUCACUCUGCCCAUUCUCUCCAACUCCUGCCCUGGUUCCCCCAUCUCUCCAACUCCUGCCCUGGUUCCCCCAUCUCUCCAACUCCUGCCCUGGUCCCCAAUCUCUCCAACUCCUGCCCUGGUCCCCAAUCUCUCCAACUCCUGCCCUGGUCCCCAAUCUCUCCAACUCCUGCCCUGGUUCCCAAUCUCUCCAACUCCUGCCCUGGUCCCCAAUCUCUCCAACUCCUGCCCUGGUUCCCCAAUCUCUCCAACUCCUGCCCUGGUUCCCCAAUCUCUCCAACUCCUGCCCUGGUUCCCCAAUCUCUCCAACUCCUGCCCUGGUUCCCCAAUCUCUCCAACUCCUGCCCUGGUCCCCAAUCUCUCCAACUCCUGCCCUGGUUCCCCAAUCUCUCCAACUCCUGCCCUGGUUCCCAAUCUCUCCAACUCCUGCCCUGGUCCCCCAAUCUCUCCAACUCCUGCCCUGGUUCCCCAAUCUCUCCAACUCCUGCCCUGGUUCCCCAAUCUCUCCAACUCCUGCCCUGGUCCCCAAUCUCUCCAACUCCUGCCCUGGUUCCCCAAUCUCUCCAACUCCUGCCCUGGUUCCCCAAUCUCUCCAACUCCUGCCCUGGUCCCCAAUCUCUCCAACUCCUGCCCUGGUUCCCCAAUCUCUCCAACUCCUGCCCUGGUUCCCCAAUCUCUCCAACUCCUGCCCUGGGACCCAAUUUUCCCGGUCUCGAUGUUCCGACCCUUUCCAGUUCCCAGGUUCCUCUCGGUUCCCAUCGAGAACCGGGCCAUGGUCCCUUCCGUACCGUGUGCCAACAGACUCCUCGCUACACUGUGA